AUGGUCGACGACCACCCAAGCAUCCUACAGCCGAGUCCAUUCCCUCAGCCAAAUGCUGUGACAGGUAGCGAUGUUGAUGACCAGUGCAAGGGCGAGGGUGGCGAGCAAGAUCGGGAUUCAGGAUCGACAGUAUCUACGCUCGAGGCACCCGUCAGUGCAUCUCAGAUAUACCAUGCAGCAUUGCUCAGCAGCAGCACUCUCGAUGACAUCCUUGCAGCGUUCGAAGCCGACAGAGAUAAUCAGGUAUCGGGUUGCGAUGGCCUUGAGAUUCACCGCGGUCGACAUGCACGUGAAGUAAUGGGUCUACGGAAGCGGUCACAAUAUCGCACUCUCAGCGUCCGGUCGAACCCCGAAGCAGUGCUUGCUGCUGGAAAGGCGCAUGGAUCUAUUCGCAGUCGUGAUGUUCACUCGUGUCCACGGGAACUUCAACCUCCCAAGACAUCGGAACCGCGAGGCAACGGGUGCCGCGUGCAAGUCCAAGCUGAGGUUCAAUCAGACCACCCGUCACCUAAGAACAGUCCCGAAUCACAUAAACUCAAUUACUCUCGUUACUACUUGCCUGAAGCACAACAAUCUGACGCGGGGCGGGACUCAAAUGCUUUGGAACGAUGCCCGACAUUUGCUCGUCGACAGGCUCAGAGCCGCCUUCCAAGACGAUCGGAGACCGGGGACAAACAAACCCUUACCAUGCUGAAAGCAAGAGGUGCAGCGUCAACCCCUGAGCUCACUAUAUCUCCGCCAGCCCCGACUAGACGCGUUCGGCUGCAACGAAGAGUACGACCCAGGAAAAAUGUGGCGAAAGCUUCGAACGAGGAGAAUUUCGAGAAUAUCUACCUCGACCUCUCAAAACAGUCCGGCCGUUGUCGUCUAGCAGAUAGCGGACUCGGUUGGAAGCCAAGCGGAGCGAGUGAACCCUUCACCCUAGACAGCAACCAGAUCGGCGCGGCGCAAUGGAGUCGAGCAGCAAAAGGCUACGAACUGAAAAUCAUCACACGCGAUGCCGCCGUCAUCCAACUCGACGGAUUCGAACAAGACGAUUUUGACCGUGUCGCGAAAGCGUUCAAGAUCUGGUAUGGCAUCCACGUGGAGAACAAGGAGCAUGCGCUGCGAGGGUGGAAUUGGGGCAAAGCCGAGUUCGGACGAGCAGAGCUGGCCUUCAAUGUCCAGAACAGACCAGCUUUCGAGAUACCCUACUCAGAAAUCUCAAACACGAACCUAGCAGGCAAGAAUGAGAUUGCCGUCGAGUUCAACCUAGGUCCGGAUGGGCAACGGAAUGGCGCAAAUGGCCACAAGCCUGGAAGCACCAAGAACCGAGGCCAGAAGGCCGCCGCGGGCCGGGACGAACUUGUUGAGAUGCGGUUCUACAUUCCCGGCACAGUAUCAAAGAAAGAAGUGAACGGCGAGGAGGGUAGUGGCGCCGAAGACGAGGACGAAGAGGAACAAAACGCCGCCAACUUGUUCUAUGAGACCUUGAUGGAUAAGGCGGAAAUCGGAGACGUCGCGGGCGCCACAUUUGCAACCUUCCAGGACAUAUUACAUCUCACCCCGAGAGGACGUUUCGACAUUGACAUGUACGAGAACUCUUUCCGCCUGCGUGGUAAGACAUACGACUACAAGAUCCAGUACCAGUCUAUCAAGAAGUUCUUCAUCCUGCCCAAGAACGAUGAAAUGCACACGCUCAUCACUCUUGGCCUGGAGCCUCCUCUCCGGCAAGGUCAGACGAGGUAUCCUUUCAUCGUCAUGCAGUUGAAACUGGACGACGAAGUGAAUCUGGAUCUCAACAUGACAGAUGAACUCCUACAAACGAAAUACAAGGACAAGCUGGACGCACACUACGAAGCACCCAUCCACCAUGUCAUUGCCAAGGUCUUCAAGGGACUGUCGGGCAAGAAAAUAAUCAUGCCCUCCAAGGACUUUGUCAGUCAUCACAACAUGAAUGGGGUUAAGUGCUCCAUCAAGGCCAAUGAAGGUUUACUCUUCUGCUUGGACAAGAGCUUCAUCUUCGUGCCCAAACCCGCCACUUAUGUCUCGAUCGACACAAUACAAAGUAUUACCAUGUCACGGGUCGGAGGAGCUUUGGCAGCGAGUCGAACAUUUGAUAUCACCAUCACCUUGAAGAACGGUGCGGGAGAACACCAGUUCAGUAAUAUCAACCGUGAGGAGCAACAGCCGCUGGAGGCGUUUUUCCAGGCCAAGGGUAUCCGGUUCAAGAACGAAAUGCUCGACGACUCUUCGACCUUAUUGAAGGCUGCCCUUCAAGACCAGGAUCUGGCAUCCUCCGACGAAGAUGAUGAUGCUGGCGUAAAUCGCGGUUCUGCGGACGAGGAUGACGAUUCACCAGAUGAGGACUUCCAAGCUGAAUCGGAGAGCGACGUUGCAGAAGAAUAUGACUCGGCCCACGAGAGUGAGGGUAGUGAUGCUGGAAGCGACGCAGAGAUGGCUGAUGCCGACGAUGAUGCUGCGGGCGUUAGUGAGGACGACGAGGAAGAGGAACGGCCACCAAAGAAGAAAGCCAAGAAAUAG